GCCCAACCAAGUUCGAAAUAUUAACAAAGUAAUGAUUAGUUGAAAGUGUUGAAACUGGGUGGAGGGGAUAAACUCGAGACCGAUCAAAGCAAGACUUGUUAGUCUCAAAUCUUUCUGGCAAUUCAAAGUUUGUAAUCAGCAAAUGGCCUCAGAAAAUGGUUGUAAAUGGAACAAAACUGCUCUUCUUGUCAUAGACAUGCAGAAAGAUUUUGUACUACCAGGUGCUCCUAUGCUAGUUAAAGGAGGCGAAGCUAUUGUUCCUAACGUUAUCAAGACCGUUGAGGUUACAAGAAGCCGCGGCAUCCCCAUUAUUUGGGUUGUCCGUGAGCAUGAUCAAUUAGGUAGAGAUGUUGAAUUGUUUCGUCGGCAUUUAUAUGGUGAUGGAAAACCAAAACCAACAUCAAAGGGUAGUGUGGGGGCAGAGCUAGUUGAUGGGCUUGUUAUUGAGGAAGAUGAUUACAAAUUGGUGAAAACACGGUUCAGUGCAUUUUUUAACACGAACCUUCAUUCGUAUCUUCAGGGCAUUGGCAUUACCAACUUGGUCAUUAUUGGUGUUCAAACUCCAAACUGCAUACGGCAGACUGUCUUUGAUGCUGUAGCAUUGGACUAUGAACGUGUUACGGUCAUUAUAGAUGCCACAGCUGCUGCUACUCCUGAUAUACAUAUCGCGAACAUAUUUGACAUGAAAAAUGUGGGGGUGGCAACUCCUACGUUAGAAGAAUGGUGCCGGUCUAAGGAGCAAUACAAGUGCUAGUUAAAUCAGACGCAGAUUAUGUAUAAAAGCAAUAAAUCUGGAACAGCAUGUCCGAAUUUUUUUCUAUUUUCUGGAUCGACAUAUUUACCUUCAUCUGUUGGAUCUAAUCUGUUUCUUCUUUUCCCGUGUACAUUAGUUACUAGUAUAAGUUUUGGGGUUUGAUUGUUAUUUGGUUAUUGUAACCGGCAAUAUGACUUGACACGUUUAUUUGUGGACCUUUCUGGCAAAUAUAUACCCGAACUUCUGGACU